AUGAGCAUACUACUGCAGUCCGGCCUCUUUGGCCUUGGUCCACCGUGCUCAAUCGCUAUAAAUUUCGAAGACGCAGAGACGCGAAAACAAGCAUCCGUUAAGCGGGAGAGUGGCCAAACAGAGUUAGUGCCCUUGUUUCAUGGCCAAGACACGGUCGCGGGAGAGGUGAGGAUAGAGCCUUUGCCGGGGAAAAAAAUCGAACACACCGGAGUCAAGAUUGAGCUGAUCGGCCAAAUCGAGCUUUUCUUUGAUCGCGGAAAUUUCUACGAUUUUACCUCUCUCGUGAGAGAGCUCGACAUUCCUGGCGAGAUAUCCCAGAGGAAGAUUUACCCUUUUGAGUUUCAAAACGUGGAGAUGCAGUAUGAGUCGUACAACGGGGUCAACGUUAGACUGAGGUACAUUCUGAGAGUGACUGUCAGUCGAAGUUAUUCUUCCAACAUUGUCAAGGAGAAGGACUUCUGGGUACGGAAUAUCUUGAAAGAGCCAGAAAUCAACAACACAAUCAAGAUGGAGGUUGGCAUUGAGGACUGUUUACACAUCGAGUUUGAGUACAACAAAUCGAAGUACCACCUGAAGGAUGUAGUAAUAGGAAAAAUCUACUUUCUACUGGUUAGAAUUAAGAUAAAGCACAUGGAGCUGGAGAUAAGGCGACGUGAAUCAACGGGUUCAGGGCCGAAUACUUACAAUGAGAGCGAAACUCUUGCCAAGUAUGAAGUCAUGGAUGGAGCUCCAGUAAGAGGUGGGUCUUCAGGAUUGUUCUUGUAA